AUGUUCUCCAAAGGUAGCGGGGAAGGGUUCGAGGCUUGGGUGGAAAGUAAAGAUAAGAAGGAACGACUUAUUGAACAUCAAGUAUGUCAUCAUCUCUCAUCGGCAGAUCAAACACCUAGGACCGAAUGUUUCCUCGAAACGAUCGAUCAGCCAUACAUCAUAUGCAUCAAGAAGCUUCCGAGUCUAGUAUAUAAGGGAGAUUGGAAGUGUGACAUAUGGGUCGACGGGGUACAUCUUCAAUCCCAUUCGAUUUGGCACAGCUUUGUGGAGAUCGAUCGAGUCAAGGAAGUACUUGAGCACAAAGGCGGUCAAUUCCAUGAGUCAUCUUUGAAGUUCUCACCUUUGCUCACGACCAGCGACCAAGAAAACGUUACCUUGACACAAAGCGAUAUCAAGCAUCUGGGAACCAUCAUCGUCCAGUUGACACCUAGUACAUGGAAGUUGGUGGGAGCUGGUCCGCCUCAGGGUGUAAAGAUCAAUCCAAAAGUAGGAGAUGAAAAGGCAAAGAAUCUCAGUCUCACCGACUCUCGACCGUUCACUUUCAACUAUCGAUCAAGAGUGAAAUUGAAACUCAUGAGAGUGAUCGAAGAGGCUGAGAACGAGGACCAGGAGAAUCAACAAGAUGAAGAUAUCGAAAAACAGAAAGAGCGCACAUCCAAGCCUACCGAAUCCAACACAUCUGCUACGAAGAAAAUGAUCUCAAAAUCUAGUUUUGCGGAUGCUAUCGAUCUUUCGGAUUCUCCACCCAGGAAAACCAAGAAGAGGAAAUUGAAGGAAAUUCUGCUUGACGAAGCCAUGAAGCCGGGUGGAGAGAAUGGUGAAAAGCGCAUGACAUCGGAGAUUGAAGUGAAAUCAGAGUCUGGUAAUACUAGCAAGAGAAUGAGACUCUUAGGCGAAGAGAAUCAAGCAUUGCGACAAGUUAUACGACAGCUCAAGCUCGGUCAAAAGAUCGAAGAGGAUGCUGUAGAUCUCACUCUUGACCAGUAUGAUAGUGAUUAA